CAGGGAGGGACUGGACUUUCCGGAGCAUGGAGCUGGCGCGUGCAUUGUCCCCUGAGGUGAAGGUUGCUGUAGUCCCAGCCUUGCCGCGGAAGCAGAGAGGGGCACGUGUGAACAGGCGGAGGAAGAUCGGCCAUUCCACAGUGAAAGGAAAGGGUCAGCUGAAGCUGUCCAUCGACAUGCAGGGCAGGCUCCUUGUGCUGCACAUUAUGGAAGCAAAAGGCCUGAUGGGAAAAGAGUACCGGACAUGCAACUCCUAUGUGAAGAUGUCUGUAGUACCAGAUACUGAUCGGAAAUGCAGGCAAAAAACCAAGACCGUUCCAGACAGCAAAAAUCCCAUCUUCCACGAGCACUUUCUCUUCCCCGUUCAAGAAGAAGAUGAACAAAAGCGUCUUCUGGUCACAGUCUGGAACCAAGAGAGAAACUCCAGACAGAGCCAGCUGAUCGGCUGUAUGAGCUUUGGCGUGAAGUCGCUCCUGACCCCAGACAAGGAGGUCAGCGGCUGGUACUAUCUCCUCGGUGAGGACCUGGGCAGGACCAAGCACCUGAAGGUGGCCACGCGGCGUCUGAAGCAGAGCAGAGAGCCACCACUGGCGAGCCAGCGGGCUGAACUAGGAAACCAGGAGGCUGAGAACAUGGAGCAGCUCAAGAUUACAAUCCCUCGAGGAAGGGAUGGGUUUGGCUUCACAAUCUGCUGCGACUCUCCAGUCCGUGUGCAGGCUGUAGACUCUGGAACUGUCCCAGUGAGAUCAUCCUGCUGGUGUGGAGGAUCGUGCCGCAGAUCAAGCCGGGCCUUGAAGGCAUGAUACGGAGGUCGUCCUGCAAAUCUACCUACGACCUCCAGUCGCCUCCAAACAAGCGGGAGAAAAACAGCUCGGUGCCCUCGUGCCCCGAGCAGCGCCAGAGCUGCCACAUCGUGUACGACGGCAGCGACAGGCUGGUGCUGAACAACUGGGCACGAUACACGGAGGUUGGGAAGCGGAGCCAGCACACGAUGCCACCGUUGUCCCGGGCAUCCUCCGACGGGGACAAGAACUACAUCCUCUUAGCACCUCUGAAUCCUGGGAGUCAGCUGCUGAGGCCGGUGUAUCAGGAGCACGAUGCCGCUGUGGGAAAUGCAGGGAAAGGCAAAUCCCAUACGGGAUCUGGGCGGAAAUCCAGGCUGAUGAAGACAGUGCAAACUAUGAAGAGCUAUGGGAACUACCAGAACUGCACCAUUGUGAGGCCUCAUAUCCCGCACUCCAGCUAUGGCACCUAUGUGACACUGGCCCCCAAAGUGCUCGUGUUCCCUGUCUUUGUGCAGCCUCUAGACCUUUGCAACCCGGUCCGGACUCUCCUUUUGUCAGAGGAGCUGCUGCUUCAUGAAGGCAGAAGCAAAACUGUAAAGGUGACCGUCUUCAUCUACUCGGACUUGCUGCUCUUCACUAAGGAAGAUGAGCCCGGGCGCUGCAAUGUGUUGAGGAAUCCUCUCUAUCUCCAGAGUGUCAAACUCCAGGAGGAAGUCGGAGUGCUUAUUAAGUUUGGAGGCUUACUCCCAGGAGCAGAAGAAGAGGAUCUGCUGGUGUCUGGCUGAGAACAUCACGAAGCAGCAGCAUCCAGCAGCAGCUCCUGCUGAGAACAAGUGACAGAUUGCAGACGUGAUGCAAGCUCCUGGGACAGUUCCUGUUGCACCUUCCCCCUUAUCGAGCCUCAGAGUGCAAAGCUCAAAGUCCUGCAAGUGGA